GUUCUAUGUCUAGGAUUUUUAUAUGUAGGCCUAGUCCUAUCGAUAUUACCAAGAUGACUGCAUCGGAUAAAGCCUGUUCCAUUCGUCCUUUAGUCUGAAAACAUAAAUUAUCACUCUCCACUCCACCCCUCCCGUCACGCCUGCUCCAUCUCUUAAACACUUCUGCUCAUACACACACAAUACACUAAGUUCUGCACUCAUCAUUCGUCUUUACCUCUGUUGCGCCCUUUCGGAUUUAUUUUCUCAACACGGACAUCAUGCAACUCAACUCAGAAGAAGCUUUGUGAGACUUUCUUCACAGAUUGUGGUCUAAACAGCAUUGAAAUGUGGGAAUUACCGAGGACUCGUUAUGUGGACUGUAACAGCUCAGCGGCGAGUGAGGAGACUGAGAUUUCUGUGAAUAUCGGCGGUGUCAAACAUGUUCUCUACAGUGACCUUCUGAACCGAUAUCCCAAGACACGUUUGGCGAAGCUGGCGAACAGCGCCACAGAUUGUGCGCAAGAUCUCUCUUUGCUCUGUGAUGACUACGACUCCUCAAAGCGAGAGUUUUACUUUGACAGAGAUCCGGAGGUGUUCAGAUGCAUAAUGGAACUUUAUUACUAUGGAGAAAUUCACAUGAAACGAGGAAUCUGCCCCAUGUGUUUCAUGAGAGAGAUGGACUUUUGGGGCAUCGAUGCGGACUAUCUGGAUGAAUGUUGCCAGGGUAGUCUAAACGAGGUGGAAACUGAACUGGCGGAAAUCGCGGAGAAGGUCAAGACCAUCCUGGACGACCUGGAGGGUGAUGCCAUGGCCACGAGAGGCCAGAGGUGCCAAGCAUUCCUGUGGAAGCUUAUGGAGAAACCAGAGUCCUCCUUAGCUGCACGUGUAAUCGCCGUGGUGUCAUUUGUCUUCAUCCUGCUCUCCUCUGUGGUCAUGUGCAUGGGCACCAUACCAGAGCUGCAAGUGCAGGAUGCAGAGGGGUGUCUCAUGGAACAUCCAACCCUUGAGUCCAUCGAGACAUCUUGCAUCAUCUGGUUCACCGUGGAAUACAUUCUGCGUCUCAUCUCCUCUUCGAAUAAGCUGCGAUUUGUGCUUUCCUUCAUGAAUAUCAUAGAUUUUAUGGCCAUAAUGCCUUUCUAUGUGGUGUUGAUUCUUACGCACUUAGGCACUUCUGUGAUGGAGCUGGCCAAUGUUCAGCAAGCAGUGCAGGCGUUGCGCAUCAUGCGCAUUGCACGCAUCUUCAAACUGGCGCGCCACUCCUCAGGUCUGCAGACUCUCACCUACGCGCUCAAGAGCAGCUUUAAAGAGCUGGGUCUGCUGCUUAUGUACAUGGGUGUGGGGAUUUUCCUGUUCUCCGCACUGGGGUACACAAUGGAGCAAAGCCACCCGGAGACCAUGUUCACCAGCAUCCCACAGUCUUUUUGGUGGGCUGUCAUUACUAUGACCACUGUAGGUUAUGGAGACAUCUAUCCUAAAACCACACUGGGCAGGUGUAAUGCCGCUGUCAGUUUUCUGUGUGGCGUGAUAGCUAUUGCUUUGCCAAUCCACCCGAUCAUUAACAACUUUGUAAUUUUUUACAGCAAACAGCGUGUGCUUGAAACCGCUGCCAAACACGAGAUUGAACUCAUGGCGUUACGUGCAAAGGAAGAAAAAGGCGAGUGCCAAGGUGCUGAAAAAAUGCCAUUGCGGAGGACACGGGGUUCGGUUGGCAAUAGCAUGGUUUGGGACAGUGCUGCUGUGAGCGAGUCAAAGAGUGACACAUAUAUCCCAUUACUUGGUGAUGCAAUAGCCACUGUGUCCAAAUGCCAGCCUGUCUACAAAUGCAAGAACAACUAGAGAGUGAUUUGUUCUUAGUCUUGAACAGUAUUUCAGAAUGUGCUUCUAAACUACUUUGUGAAACAUAUCAAUCAAUCUAUCUAUCUAUAAACUUUAUCAAUAAACCUCAUCUGGUGAAAUAUAUACAUACAAAACUAUUCAUCUGGUAAAUCUAUAUCCUAUAAAAAGCUUCAUUUAAUAAACACUCACAUAUAGAGCAUUGUAACAGAGCCAGAUCUCUGUAAAUUCAAAAUAAGAGUGCCCAGUGUAUUUCUGCCGACUUCUACUUUGAAGCGUAAAGCAACAGUCUCAACCUAAUUUUUAUGCAUUUUUCUACACAUUUCUUACAGUUUAGUGCCAUAAACAACCUUCUCCCUAGUUCAUGUAGACGUCUAUGACUUGGCCAGUUUAAGUAACCUAUACUCUCUCUCUCUAGAUUUUUUUAAUCUCACCUGUUAAUUAAACAAUGGCGUGAAUAACCAUCCCCCUCUGUCAGAGAAUGAAUGAUGUGUCACUAGAGUGCUGCACUGCUUUGAGCGUUCUUCAGGGUGUAAGCCACUCAAGACAAUUUGUUGGGUCCUGAAAGACAUGGGUUGACAUGGAUGUAUGUGUUUGUGUGUGGGACGUCCAUUUGUUGUGAAUUAGUGUUCUGAUGUGUUUGUGCCCACGUGGAAAGAAAGGGUGUCAGUGCAUUUGUCUUUGUGUGUGUAGGCCUGUUGAUGGCUGGACACUGAGAUAUGGCUAAGAUCGGUUGGUAUGUGGGUGGAGAAAAGAGCAGGCACUGCUAAUAGCCAGUAACCACUGGCGCCCACCAGUGCAGCCAAAUGGGCAUCACGCACAAACAGAGCAUGCCAAAAAUGUUGGCCAAGAGAUGGGAAUAAAGGCCACAGACCAUCUCCAAACACACACGUACCACCAUUUACAAUAUAAAUGAAGAGGGAAGUACACCUCUAGAAUGCCCAUACACAGCCUGCUGUCACUUAUCAUUUGAGACAUUUGGUGUCCCAUUAGGUUGAUAAAAUACACAGCUCACACAAGGCACAGCCUAAGAUAGAAGCAAAUGUUCCAUGCAGCUCACUGUAUCCAAAAUCUUCCAAGUCAAUUGCUCAUAAAUCAGUAUCAAGUUACACAUACACACAUUGCAUUGUAACCAGAGCACACAGCAUGCACACCAGACACAUUUUAGAAUCUCAAAGCCCACUGCUUGUCAACUUCUAAAAAUACGAGCAACCAUGUUCCCCCUAUGAGUUCCAGGAGGUAAAAUCAACCAUUACGCACAAGCUGUACAACUGCUACAGCCUACAAACAAAGCCAAAAUGAUGUUCCCAAUGUGUCUUUCAAAACAUCUAUUUUCACAGUGACCUGAAAAGGUCACUGUGCUUGAUCUUUAGAAAGUUGGCAGAAAUAUAAUUGAGUGUCUCUUCCAAAGAAAUAAACAGGUGUGAGCUAAUCAUAAUUCAUAGUUUAUGUGAAUUCCCUCACUGAGAGGGAGAGAAUGUGAACAAGUGAAAUCUAAUAGAAACAAAAAAAGAAAUGUAAUGACUGUAUUAAAAUGUGCAGAUCCACUUAAUGUACCAAGAGACAAAGGCAGCUUCUCUGAUUUAAUUUGAGUGGGUUGUAUGGAAAAUUACAUUGCAGAAGAGGCAUUUUCCUCCUUUCUUAACACAGCAGCCAACCACAGUUAACAAAAAUAUAUUUAAGAGAAAAUGGUGGAAAGUCCUUUUGGACAUGUUAAUAUUUAAAAGUACUACAGGAACCUUCUUGUUCU